AGGCCUGGGGCGGGCCCUCAGCAGGGGACUGACAAGAUUGACAAGGAGAGAGGGGCUCGGGUCUCUGGCUAUUGCAAACAGAGCUUGGGGGAGUGUCAGUUCUCUCAGGUUUAUUCCUUGGAGUAGGAUUUCUGGGUGGGCAAAAUGGAGACUUCUGUUCUACCACCAGUUUUGAGGGGGUCGCCUAGGGAAGUCUCUAUUGGGUGUCCCCGCGGGCUCUGAGGUAGGUAGGGCGGCUGAAGCCUGAAAUUCUGGCAGCUUCCCUGCAGUUUGUAAAGCGCCUCCAAUGAUUGGCCAGUAACUUGUCACUCUAAAGAAACAGAGGACACCAUUGGCUAGAGCGGCUCACGUGGCCUUCACACUGUUAGGCUGUGGUUGCCAUAGAGACAGAGAAGGUUGGGCUAGGCCAGACCCUGCCCAGGAGGAACCGGUGAGGUAGGAGGCGGUUCCUGUUGGGCACUGGUCCCGGGGUCCUGGGAGGUGGACCUGGCGCACCCAUGGGACACCCACCGAGACCCCGCCCUGCUGGGUCCUAGGUGAUGCCCUGAGCGCGGGAAGAAGCCACCGUUGGCGGUACCCCUCGCUGGAUGGUGCCGCAGAGCCCCCACCUGGAAAACGGUGCUUGGAAGAACCGUAGUAGAGUCUUUCAUCAAACAAAUGAAACACAUCACAGAACGGCGCUGAAAUGGCCACCUCGGCAGAAAACCUGCAGCGUUCCGGGAGACACACGAAAAUACAGAAAGGUUAUACCGCUGCAUAUCCAACACAGUCCUCCAUUCCUUACAAAUCUCCGUCUGCAGAUAUUUCAGAAUCAGAAAAGAAAGGAUUUAAUAGUCAAUCCAAGAGAUUUGAUCAAAAAAAGGACAACAGCCCGGGGCCCGGGGCCUACAACGUCACGCACCAGUCUCCGGUGUUCCACAGCGCCUCGCUGUCCACGCGAGGGACGUGCGCCUUUCCCUCGCGGCGCGACCGAAUGAACCCCAUCGUCUCUAAAUAUCCCGCAGCCAAUGCGUACACUCUGCCGUCGUGCUUCCUUUCGAAGAAAGACUUCAGUAACACCUGCUCCAGCAUGUUCCAGAUACCCAGCUUUGGAAAAGGCCUCAAACUGGAAACUCCUGCACCAAACCAUUACAAUACCUCCGUCUCUUUCUGCAAACAGAGUAACAACGUCUGUGCCCGAGCCGAGUUUCAGUCCAAAACCGAGAGAGGAGUGUUCACCAUCCCUAAAACAGGACCUGCACCAGGGCAUUAUGAUAUCAACGAAGCCCUUGUGAAGCAGUCGCCGAUGACUCUAGCGUCCUGUUUUAAGUCAAAAACUGAACGUGGAUUAAAACUGACAUCAACCGUCCCGGGGCCCGGUUAUUACAACCCACAUGAUCACAUCAAAAUUCCGAAAAAGGCACUUAUCACGAAACACCCCGUCCUGAACUUCUCCACCCAGCCUCUGUCUCUGCCCCUGAAGCCGACGCUCCCGGGCCCCGGGCAGUACGAGAUUGUGGACUACGCGGGGCCCCCCAAGAACUUAAUCUCCAGCGCAUCGUUCGUGUCCAACACCAAGCGGUGGACAGUGGCGACUCAACCAGCCCUGCCUGGCCCAGCCACCUACAAGCCGGAGCUCCUGGGGAAGCAGUCCUUCCUCUACAACGAGGGCAACAGGUGGAUCCCGGUGCUGUAGCGACUCACAGGGCGCGGGAAAGCCCGCCACCAGCCGCCCCACGCAGACAAGGAGAAGACAGGGCUGGCGGGGGGCAGCUCUGCCGCCUGGCUCCGUUGUUGUGGCAUUUGUCCUGGUCUCGAGCUGCCUCCUGGAGAUUGGGCCCCACCCCUCUGUCCCCGUGGCUUCCUGAGAAGAAGAGAAGACAGACCCCCCUCCACACCCCUGUUCCUUCGCCAGGCACCUGUCAGGCUGCUGUCUGCCCCCUGCCCUCAGGCGCAAGGGGCUCCUGACGCUCAGGCUCCAGGGAGAAGGUAGAGGAGGGCAGCUGCCCUGCCGAGCAGCCUGGCGCUGACCAGGGCUCUGGGGCCCACGUGCAUGUGCAGGGGGACAGCACAGCCGCUGGCCUCGGCUUCCAGACCCUCCCGGUGUCCCAGAGCUGAAGGCUCAGAGGCGCUUGUAACAGACACGCAGGGGUUGCCUGGGCUCCUUGUCCCCACCCUAAGCCCUCAGAUCUCACCUUCAGGAAGAGCGUGGCAGCCAGUCAGCUGGUCCCCGUGCUCAGCACCCAGCCCCAGGAGAGGCCACCGCGAGCUUCACUGGCUCUGCGGUCAACAGCACGGGGGCGGGGCCCUGCUGGAGCCAGACCUGGGUUCUGGGGGGCACGGGAGCCACGCAACUCCCUGAGCCUGCAGGUUCUCACUCUCACCCGGCCUUUCCCCGUCCUGGGCUGGGCUCCCCAACCUCCCACUCAGGUUGGACACAUCCUUAAUGCAUCUUUUCUGGCCUGUCAUUUCCCCUCGGCAAGAGGAGAAGAUUCCCAAAGAACCAGGAGAAGGCAGAAGUAGCCACACACGCCUCCUUCCCCAAAUACUGGCAUUCUCUUCUAGUUUCAUAAGUGGAACUCUCCCAGGCAGCCUGCCCUCCCCACAGUGAGGACAAGGCUCUCACUUCCCUUUCCUCCCUCCUUUGACUUUGCUCUGGAAAUGCUACAUCCUGGGCCUCCAUGUCAAAACUGGCUGCUGAUUGGCUCUCCACUUAGGGAGGGCUCGGAAGGAUGGAAUAACACCAAUUAAAUUGAAAUCUUGCAUCUCACCAAAGCUGGCCUCUGUGUGACCUCU